CGUCACAACGUGAGUCAGGUGACACCGAGCCACCAGGAAGAUGGCGAUCUUCAGUGUGUAUGUGGUGAAUAAGGCUGGAGGACUCAUUUAUCAGCUGGAUAACCAGACCCCCCGCUCCGAGACCGAGAAGACUUUCAGCUAUCCUCUGGACUUCGUCCUGAAAGUACAUGACGAGCGGGUGUUGGUGUCCUUUGGCCAGCGGGACAGUAUACGAGUUGGCCAUUCGGUGCUCUCCAUAAAUGGCAUUGAUGUGAAUGGAAGAUACACGGCGGAUGGAAAGGAAGUUCUGGAAUUUCUGGGAAACCCCUCCAACUAUCCUCUCUCUAUCCGCUUUGGGCGAUCUCGUCUUUCAUCCAAUGAGAAGCUGAUGUUGGCCUCCAUGUUUCACUCGUUAUUUGCUAUUGGAUCCCAACUCUCUCCAGAGCCGGGGAGUUCUGGCAUCGAAAUGCUGGAAACGGAUACAUUCAAACUGCACUGUUAUCAGACUCUGACAGGUAUAAAGUUUAUGGUUUUGUCUGAUCCACGCCAGGCUGGCACAGACACAUUACUACGCAAAAUCUAUGAACUGUAUUCUGACUAUGCGCUCAAGAAUCCAUUUUACUCCCUGGAAAUGCCCAUUAGGUGUGAGCUGUUUGACCAGAACUUGAAGUCUGCUUUGGAAAUAGCAGAGAAGGCGGGAACAUUGGGACCCAGUUCCUAGCCUGUAAAGAAGGAUGGUGGAGCUGGAGCCAUUGCUGGUCUGUGGAGCAUCAUUGUAUCAUGCUGGGGGAAUGUUAGGCAUUGCCUUGCUUGUAAAUACUGUAAAGUUUACUUCUGUUUGAUGGUUGGUGUUGCAAUAAUAAGGGUUGAGCUCAAUUGAAUUACUGAUACAUGUAGCAGU